CAGCUUCCUCGUCCUGGCUGUAGCUGUGGGUUGCACUGGGUGUUCGAGGCAGCGGUAGCGGCGGCGGGGCUGGGGAGUGGAUGGUGUUUGGAAGACGGGGGCAGCGAGGGGGCGGCUGCCCAUGAUGUCUCCCGGGGAGGGAGGGUGCCGGACAGACGCGGUGUUACCCCCGCUGUCCCAGCUGCCACACGAGAGGGCGUGUGUGGGGAGGGGGCUGUGACCGGCGCUAGCGCAGGGAAGGUGCUGCGGAGAUGGGAGUGGGAACGGAGGAAGGAGACAGCGAGCGGGAGAAGCGAUGGACCGACCUCUUCCACCGCUUCGACACCAACCAGGACGGGCAGGUGGACAUCACCGAGCUGGGCGUAGGCCUGCGAGCUAUGGGCGUGUUGGUCGGCGGCGGCCCAGAGCAGGAGAUCCUGCGGACUGGAGACACCAAUCACGAUGGACAACUGGACCUGACCGAGUUCACCGAGUACCUGAGGCAACACGAGAAGAAACUCAAGCUGAUGUUUAACAGCCUCGACCGCAACCAUGACGGUGAAAUCGAUGCGUCUGAGAUUCAGCAGGCUCUGUUGAACCUUGGCAUUACGAUCACUCUGCAGCAAGCCGAGAAGAUCUUGCUCAGUAUGGACAAGGAUGGGACAAUUACUGUGGACUGGACUGAAUUUCGAGACCAUUUCAUCUUUAACCCGCUGUCGAAAAUGGAAGAGAUUGUGGAACACUGGAAACAUUCGACGUUCCUGGACAUUGGGGAAUCGUUGACCAUCGUGGAUGAAUUUUCGGAGACGGAGCGACUGACUGGAGUCUGGUGGCGGCAGCUUUUGUCAGGGGCCAUUGCGGGCGCAGUGUCACGCACCUGCACUGCCCCCCUGGACCGGCUGAAGAUCUACAUGCAGGUCUUUGCGGCAAAGAGGAGUUUGAACCUGGCCGGGGUUUGGAAGAUGAUGGUGGCGGAGGGAGGGUAUCUGUCCCUGUGGCGAGGAAACGGGGUGAACGUGCUGAAAAUCACCCCAGAGACUGGCAUCAAGUUCAUGGCUUAUGAACAGUACAAGAAGAUCUUCCUGGUCCAUAAAUCCACACUGGAGGUGCACGAGCGUUUUGUGGCGGGAUCUCUCGCUGGUAUCACCAGCCAGACGAUCAUCUUUCCAAUGGAGGUGCUGAAGAUCCGGAUGGGGCUGGGAAAGAGCGGCCAGUACAUGGGAAUCUUCCACUGCGCCCAAAACAUGCUGAGGAAUGAAGGCCCUCGCGCAUUUUUCAAAGGCUACGUCCCAAAUUCCAUUGGCAUCAUUCCUUACGCUGGGAUCGAUUUGGCUGUCUAUGAAAGCGUGAAGAAUAUGUAUUUGCAAAAGUACGGACAGAAGAGAACCGACCCAGGAGUGUUUGUCCUUCUCGGCUGUGGCACCUUCUCCAGUACCUGCGGUCAACUAGCAAGCUACCCGCUGGCACUCAUUCGCACCAGGAUGCAAGCUCAAGCUGUGGUCAAAGGGGAGCCGGAGCUGAACAUGUUGCAGCAGUUUGCCAGGAUAGUGCAAGGUGAGGGCUGGACUGGCCUUUACCGAGGGAUGGCUCCCAACUUCUUGAAGGUGGUGCCCGCUGUCAGCAUCAGCUACGUCGUGUAUGAGCAUAUGAAAUUCUUACUGGGCGUCACCUCGAAGUAACCGGUUCCCGGGAAUCGUUCGUUCUUGGAGCAUCUCCUGACAAACAAGGAAACCACAUCUUAAGGAAAUUGGUGACCCCAGCAGAGAGCUGAGGAAUAACGAACUCUUCGACCCUCCGUGGUCAACACCAGGAUUGGGAUUGGGAUCCAAUUACCAGUCUGUUUCGGGUCUGUAAAGUGGCCUCAGUUCUGCUCUAGGUAUUCCUGCAAGAUGUGGGUAAGGCAGCCUCCCAAUCCUGUCCCCAGAGAGUCACAUUGCAAGUGG